GGGGUUCGUGGGCUGAGAGUGCGUGAGCAGAGAAACAGCCCAAACCAAACCAACCAGCAACACCGACGACGCCUCUUACUCACUCUCUCUCUCAAUCAAUCAAGAAUCAAACACCCCCUCCCCUCUAUCUCUCUGAUAAUAAAGCGAGGAUCUCGAGGAGGGAGAUAUAGUCUGCGAUGGCCUCCAAGCGGAUCUUGAAGGAGCUCAAGGAUCUCCAGAGAGAUCCUCCCACCUCUUGCAGCGCUGGCCCAGUUGCCGAGGACAUGUUUCAUUGGCAAGCAACUAUAAUGGGACCCCCUGACAGUCCUUAUGCGGGUGGCGUGUUUCUUGUUACUAUCCACUUCCCACCAGAUUAUCCUUUCAAACCACCUAAGGUAGCUUUCAGGACUAAAGUGUUUCAUCCAAAUAUCAAUAGCAAUGGCAGUAUCUGCCUUGAUAUUUUAAAGGAGCAAUGGAGUCCUGCUCUUACUAUUUCCAAGGUUUUGUUGUCAAUCUGUUCCUUGUUGACGGACCCAAAUCCCGAUGAUCCUCUUGUACCAGAGAUAGCCCACAUGUACAAGACGGACAGGAGCAAGUAUGAGACAACGGCCCGAAGCUGGACCCAAAAGUAUGCCAUGGGUUAGGGCAAUGCAUCAGGAGGAUUUCCUUGCGCCUGUUUCUAUAGACAUGUGUACUUGUGGCCUGGGAUUUAUCAUUGUAUUGUAUGAAUGAAUGAAAGUAUGAUCUGUCUGUUGCAAGAUGGAUGGAUUUGGAUUCUCUGAAACUUUCCUCCUCGAAAGUUGAAAGACAACUAUGCUUUGUUUUUGUAUGUGGUUUGUCUUGAAAAAUGGAAUCAAGAAUGUUUCAAUGUUUUUUUA